AAAUUUAACUUUCUACCAUGCCAACUUCUCCCUUUUCAUCGUGCAUUGACAUCCUGGUUUCACUUCAGCCCGGAGGUUCUGAAGAGUGAGCCGUAUGGGGAAAAGGCGGACGUGUGGGCAGCAGGCUGCAUCCUUUAUCAGAUGGCGACCCUGGAUCCUCCCUUCUACAGCACCAACAUGCUCUCCCUGGCCACAAAAAUAGUGGAGGCGGUAUAUGAACCAGUGCCAGAAGGCAUCUACUCUGAAAAGGUGAUCACUACCAUCAGCAGAUGCCUCACUCCAGAUGCAGAAACCCGCCCAGAUAUUGUAGAAGUCAGCUCCAUGAUAUCAGAUAUCAUGAUGAAGUAUGUAGACAAUUUAUCCGCAUCCCAGCUGGCCUUGGAGAAGAAGCUGGAACGGGAACGGAGGCGCACACAGAGGUAUUUUAUGGAAGCCAACCGGAACGCAAUCACAUGUCAGCAGGAGCCGACUCUGCUGUCUCAGGAUGCCUCUGAGAAGGCGAGCCUGAGCAGCAGCAGCAGCAGUGGAGCAGGAAGCCUGAGGAGUGAGCUUCCGGGAGUCACAGGCCUGCCUCCCGGCGGCCCCCAGGCACCGUGUGGGGAGGAUGGAGGCCGGGCCUGCGAUGGGCGCGCAUCCGAGGACAACGUCAGCUUGGAAAGUAUUGAGAAAGAUAUAUAUUCAGAGCUUGAUGAUGAAUUGGACAUUCCAGAUAACCUUAGCAGCUCCAGCUCAAGCCCUUUGAAGGAAUCGACAUUCAGCACUUUAAAAAGAAGUUUUAGUGCUUCAGGAGGAGAAAGACAAUCCCAAACUAGAGACUUUGCUGGUGGAAUAGGAUCCAGACUGAGACCAGCUUUGCUGCCUCUUGACCUGCUUCUGAAAGUGCCACCCCUACUGCUCAGGGCCCGUGUUAAGGAGCUAGAGGCUGAGGUAGUGACGGGGUGGCAGUCCCACAGCCAUCCCACUGUGAUUCUCCACAGUCUCAAAGACCAUGCAUCUGCAGGAAUUGCUGUAUCACAGAGGAAAGUUCGUCAGAUCAGUGAUCCUAUUCAGCAGAUCCUAAUCCAGCUGCACAAAGUCAUCUACGUCACUCAGGUCAGUGUGCCAGCUUUUUAUUUCCUUUUCAUCCUAAGUACAAGUUUGGUGCUAAUAUUGCCAAAGAACUCUGAGACACCCAUAGCAUCCACUCCUGUGCAUGUUCUCUGGACUGCUGCUAAUAUGGAAUAACAAAAUCUUGCAGUUUUUUAAAAUAUAUAAGCUAUUUCCUCUUUGGUAAUGAUGUGUACCAGUUCCCCUGGAUCAUAUUGAGAUAUGAUGCUUGUUAUUGACUUAAAGCUCACUAUUGUGGGUCUUAAGAGGAAUGAGUAUCUCUUUUAAAGAUAUUAGCCCUCAU